UUUUUUGAAUGGAUGCUGUUGCUCAUUUGAACCUUACUUCUCACGCAAGACAAACCUCUGUUCAAAUUUAUUCAUGAUGUCAAUCAACAGCUAGCUAGGUGCUAGAGGGAAAGGUCUGCAAGAGUUGUGUUAGGACAAGGAAUGCAAGACAACAUAAAGUUGCAUCGUUUAUUAUAUUGAAAAAAUGGCUGAAAAUCGAGGCGAAUUUCAAAAUGGUGUCAUUCAACCGUUGCUAACUGAUUUUUAUCAAAUAACUAUGUCAUAUGCGUACUGGCACAAUAUGAAGAUGAACGAUCAUGCUGUGUUUGAUUUGUUUUUUCGAAAAAAUCCAUUUGGUGGAGAGUAUGCCAUUUUUGCAGGCUUAAAGGAUUGUAUUAAAUUUGUGCAAGAAUUUCAUUUCACAGAUGACGAUAUUGCCUACUUAAAGACUGCAAUGCCGCCCACAACUAAUCCAGAGUUCUUUGUAUUUCUAAAAAACCUAACAGCAAAAGAAGUUACUUUGUCUGCUAUUCCAGAAGGAACCGUUGUUUUUCCUAAAGUUCCUCUUAUCCGUGUUGAAGGCCCCUUAGCAGUUGUUCAGUUACUGGAAACAACACUUCUGAAUUUGGUCAACUUCGCAAGUUUGGUUGCAACAAAUGCUGCACGUUUUCGAAGGGCUGCCGGUGAUAACAAAAUACUUCUUGAAUUUGGACUGAGACGAGCUCAAGGACCAGAUGGAGCUUUAUCUGCGUCAAAAUACUGUUAUAUGGGAGGGUUUGAUGGAACCAGUAAUGUGUUGGCAGCUAAAAAAUUUGGUAUUCCAGCAAAAGGGACUCAUGCUCAUGCGUUUGUUUCUUCGUUUCACAGCAACGAAGAUUGUAAAGAUGUGUCAUUGCUGAAUAAGAAUGACAAUACCAACAAAAAUUUACUUGACACUGUUAUGAUCAAACUAAAAGAAAUAUCGAAAGUUUUUAAAUUCAAUAUUGACCAAACAAAUCAGGGAGAAUUGAAAGCAUUUACUGCCUACGCAAACGCAUUUCCAUCCACAUUCUUGGCAUUGAUUGACACAUACAAUGUGUUAAAGAGUGGUGUUCUUAACUUUGUAGCGGUGGCACUUGCUCUUCAUGAUUUUGGCUACCGUGCGAUUGGAAUUCGUUUGGAUUCUGGUGAUCUAGCCUAUUUGUCAAAGGAAGUGAGAAAAGUGUUUACAGUUGUUGCAAAAACAUUUGAUAUGGAUUGGUUUGAAAAGCUGGUUAUAACUGCCAGCAACGAUAUUAAUGAAGAAACUCUGACUUCAUUGGAACAGCAGGGACAUGAAAUUGAUGCAUAUGGUAUUGGAACACAUUUAGUCACAUGUCAAAAGCAACCAGCACUUGGAUGUGUGUUUAAGCUUGUGGAACUUAAUGGAGAUCCAAGAAUGAAAAUAUCUGAAGAUAUGAAAAAAAUUUCGGUACCUGGAAAGAAAAAUGUUUAUCGUCUUUACAGUGGAGAUGGUUUGGCAUUGUUAGAUUUACUUACAAAACAUGAUGAAACACCACCUCAGUCUGGAGCAAGAGUACUCUGCCGUCAUGCUAUUGAAGAAGCAAAGAGAGCUUAUGUAAUCCCAACCAAAGUAGAGGAGUUGUUAAAGUUGUAUAUCAAAGAUGGGGAGGUACAACGUCCAAUCGAAUCUUUAGAAGACAGUAGAAAGAAUGCACAGAAAUCACUUUCCAGGCUUCGCUCAGAUCAUUUACGAGCAUUGAACCCUACGCCUUAUAAGGUUUCAGUCACAAAUGGUUUGUAUCAAUUCUUGCAUGACCUAUGGUUGGAAUGUGCUCCAAUCUCUGAAUUACAAUAAAUUUAUUUUUUCUAGAUUUUUUUAAUAGUUGUUUUUUUAUUUCAUUUUUCUAUGCUUAAUGUGUAAAUUAUUUAGUCUCAAUUUCAUGUAACCAGUACAGGAAUUCACUACAUAGUAGCUUUGAAUAGCACUUUGUCUUUUUAUUUAUAUUAUUUUGUAGUUUUUAUUGUACGUGCACACAUAGUAGUAGUAACAAUCAUUAAGUAGAAUAGGGUUUGUUUUUAUACUGGAAGUAAUUUUUACCUUACUUUAUUGGUAAAGGCUUCAUGUAUCAGUCUUUACCAAAUCCUUUGAAUUGGUCUAAAAUGAUGGGUUUUUUUACUUGCAUUUUAUGGUAACUUGACCCACUUUUUCAGACCUCAUUAAACAAAUAAAAAAAAUAACACGUUUAUCCCGAAAGUUAAUACUCACAAAAUUUUUUAAAAGGAACCAUUUGCCAAAGUUUUUUCUCAUGAUUUUGCAAUUUUUUAACUUGCGAAAGUUUCUCUCAUGAAAGUUUCUUCUUUUAAAGCAUUUGUGAAUUUUAGCAAAAGUUAGGAUGAAGAUAUUUAAAGAGCCCAAAACAUAUUGAUUGCAACAAAGUUGUUGUGCUGUAGCUAGAGGUGACGAUUUUUGAAAAGGUUUUUGUUUUAUUUACAAACCAUGCAUUUUUUUCUUUCUAUUUUUUAUUUGGAACAUUAUAAAAGGUGACUUGCAAGUUGAAAAAUUUUGUCAAAAAUGUCAAGCAAAGAGGGUAUGAAUAUUGUGACUUUUGGUAUAAGAACAUGUUAACUUAUUAUAUUGAGCUAAAUGUGGUAAGCAUUGACUCAGUUAUAGUGUUGUAGACUGCUUAAUCAUCUGUAUGCUAUCAAACCUUCACACCCACUUGUCUCGCUGAUACCGGUUAGAGUCUAUCAAUCUUUGUUCUUGAUAUUAUAUAAGCAGUCCUCAAUUCAUAAUUAGUGCACCAAAAUGUUUUCCUUACUAAGCAUCUCAGGAAAAUAAGAAGAAAUGCUUUUUUUUCCAAUAUAAUAACUAGUCUGUCUCUGUUAGUUUUAUUAUCUUCAUUUGUGGUAUUUCAAUAAAAUGGUAGUAGCCGGUCUUACUCAAAUUGCAAAGAGACUUUCUAGUCCUUAUUCAAACCUUGGUAAGGAAAGAUUAAAUCCUAAACAGCCAUUUAACAUUCAAAAUUCUGUUUUCAAUUUGGAAGUCACCGAAUAAUAAAGUAGACAAUGUAUAUAAUAUUUUUUGCAAUAAUAAUAGCAAGUAAA